CUUUCAAAGUCUUCGCCAAAUAAAUGUGAUAAAGAAGAAUUUCCAGCAAAGCAAUCAAAGCGACGAUCGCAGACAAAAGUCUCCUUCAAUAAAAAUGAUGCCCAGAAGGAUAUGAAAACACAGUACAACACCACUGUUGAGACAAAUGAUAGCACAUACACAUAGUGAUGAGAUAUUGAAUAAUAAUUGUAAAAAAGAGAUCGGCCAUUGUCAUCCUUUUUAAGCACACCACUAAACACUACUUUUGAGUAAAGAAAAAGGGCAUU